AUGACCUCUGGUCUCGCUGGCGGUAAUGCCGACGCGGGAAGCGACCAGAUACCGCGGCUUACCGGGUCCGGCAUAGGAACGCCCGAUUUCGGCGCCGGACUGAACGCCAAUGCGAACGCAGCGGACGACCCGUUUGCGAUGAUGCUCUCGAGUAUGCUGCAGGGCCAGGGCGGCGCUAAUGGGCAGAUGCCGCAAAUGCCACAGAUGCCGGGCAUGCCCCCAAUGCCCGGAAUGAACAUAGCGCCGCCGAAGCCGCCGACGCUGUUGCAGCGAAUCUUGCCGGUGUUGCAUGUGCUCAGUAUAUGGAUCUUGCUGGGAUUCUUCGUGUUGUUCAGGGAGCCCGUAGCGUUCGACGCGCAAACACAUCGAGGGAGCACGACUGGAUGGUUAGGACGCUGGGGGGAGUUGCUACAUGCGCCGGGAAGCGUAUCAGGACCUUUCUUUUGGGCCUUCAUCACCCUCGAAAUUACACUUUUCUCCAUCCGCAUUUUCACGGGGCUUUCGAACCCUUCUUUGCCCUUCAUGCUGCAAAUGGCCCUCCCGCAUCUUCCGCCACCUGUUCCAAGCCUCAUCACCCACGGGUUGAGAUACAUAAGGAUGGGCGGCAUCCUGCUGGACGAUGUCGCGGCGCUGAUACUCGGAUUGGGGCUUCUGACCUGGGCGGGAAGCGUGCUGGGGUCGUAG